GUUGUAUACCCUGUUAAUAUGAGAGUUGAAUCAGUCGUUGGCGCGCGUUCUUGGCUGUAGCACGUUCCCGAAUAUCAUUUCAACAUCGAAUAUAAUCACAUGAAGAGUGUGAUCGUGUUUAAUCAGGCUUUCGCAUGCUAUGACACAGUCUUGUGAAGUUUUAGCAAUGAUGGAUGGUCACACAACAACAUUUGGGAGGAAACGAGGCUGCAUGAUCUCAAGAUGUGGUGCUUUCCUUCUUGCAGCGGUCUUUGUUCUUGGAAUCAUAACUACAGGCUUACUUGUUUAUCAUUUUGCACCUUGUCUCAACGGUAAAUCAAGACAAAAUGGUGAUUUUGAAGAUAGUGCACUUUUGAAUUCUGCACGUUCUUUUGCAACAGCAGAUAUCACCAAGAAGACUGUGGAUGUUCGAUUGCCCAGGUCUGUUAUUCCAGAGUUAUAUGAAGUGAAACUAAUGCCAUUUAUUUGGGAAGGCAAUUUUACAUUCAAUGGCGAGGUCACUAUUUAUGUAAAUGUUACAAAGGAUACCAAAAACAUAACACUGCAUGCUGUAGAUUUGGAUAUUAAUUCUAAAGCAACAACAAUAAAAGAGACCAAUGCAAUCGCUAAUGUCAGUGAAUGGCUUAAAAUAUUAGACCAAACUAAUGACACUAUUAGACAGUUUUAUAUAAUCCAUACUGAAGAAACUUUGAAAGCAGGAAAGCAAUAUAUAAUUAACUUAAAGUUCAUUGGCCACUUGAAUGAUUAUCUUCAAGGUUUUUAUCGAAGUUCUUAUACUGUGAGUAACCAGACAAGAUGGAUAGCAGCCACACAGUUUCAAGCAACUGAUGCUCGUCGAGCUUUUCCAUGCUUUGAUGAACCUGCUCUAAAAGCUCAAUUUCAGAUAAGUAUUGCUAGGCCAAGUAAUAUGACUUCAAUAUCAAAUAUGCCACGUAAAGGAGAUCCUCAAUUAGUGCCUGGCUUACCAUCUUAUCUUUGGGAUCAUUAUGAACGUUCUGUACCGAUGUCUACUUAUUUAGUAGCUUUCAUCGUUUCUGAUUUUGAUACAUUAAAGGAUACAAGUAAUACUUUUAAUGUUUGGGCACGUCAUGAAGCCAUAAAUCAAGCUCAGUACAGUUUAGACAUUGGACCUAUGAUACUUAAACAUUAUGAAGACUUCUUUCAAAUUAAAUUUCCAUUACCAAAGAUGGAUAUGGUUGCGCUACCAGAUUUUGCUGCUGGUGCCAUGGAGAAUUGGGGUUUAAUUACUUAUAGGGAAACAGCAAUGUUAUAUGAGAAAGGAGUAUCUACGAGCGGUAGUCAACAACGUGUAGCCACAGUUGUUGCUCAUGAAUUAGCUCAUCAGUGGUUUGGAAAUUUAGUCACACCAAGUUGGUGGACAGAUCUUUGGUUAAACGAAGGGUUUGCAAGCUAUGUAGAGUAUAUUGGAGUAGAUUCAGUAGAGCCAGAUUGGAAAAUCCUUGAACAAUUUGUAAUUCAAGAAUUACAAAAUGUUUUCACUUUAGAUGCGCUUGCGUCUUCACAUCCAAUAUCAGUUGAAGUAAGACAUCCAGAUGAAAUAAAUGAAAUAUUUGACAGAAUUUCAUAUGGUAAAGGGGCUUCCAUUAUUCGUAUGAUGAAUCAUUUCUUAACAACAAAAGUCUUUAAACAAGGAUUGACAAAUUAUUUAACUGCCAAAGCAUAUAAAAGUGCUGAGCAAAAUGAUUUAUGGGAUGCAUUGACGAAUCAAGCUCAUAAAGAUAAGGUUUUACCAGAUGAUAUCACAAUAAAACAAAUUAUGGAUACUUGGACACUUCAAACAGGAUUUCCAGUGGUCACAGUAAUAAGAAAUUAUAAAAAUGGUGGAGCAUCUGUCACUCAAGAAAGAUUUAUGCUCCAAAAUAGUAUGAAUGAUGCCACAAGUAGUGAUUCGCUAUGGUGGAUUCCAAUUACUUAUACAACUGAAUCUGCAAAAAACUUUAAUGACACAAAGCCAUCCUACUGGAUGAAAGAAAAGUCAUUAACUGUGAAAGAUUUUGGGACCAAUGCCAACCAAUGGGUAAUAUUUAAUGUUCUAGAAACUGGAUUUUAUCGAGUAAAUUAUGAUCCAACUAAUUGGCAGUUGAUUAUUAAACAAUUAAAUUCCAACAGCUUUAAAGAUAUUUCUAGAAUUAACCGUGGGCAAUUAAUUGAUGAUGCUUUGAAUUUGGCACGCGCUGGAAGACUUAAUUACACAACUGCUUUAGAUGUUACAACAUAUCUUGCUCAUGAAACUGAUUAUAUUCCUUGGAAAUCUGCCCUUACUGCGAUGAAUUAUCUUGACAAUAUGUUAAACAAAUAUCAAGGAUAUGAUCGAUUCAGAGUCUAUAUUCUGAAACUUUUGGAUAAUGUGUAUAAAGAAGUAGGAUUCAGAGAUAGUCCAGGAGAUCAACAGCUUACAGUAUUUACACGUGUUGAUAUCCUUAUUUGGACUUGUACUUUUGGACAUGAUGAUUGUGUGAGAAAUGCUGUAACACAAUUUCAAAAUUGGAGAAAUUCUCCAGAUCCUGAUCAAGAUAAUCCGAUUUCUCCGAAUUUGAAAAGUGUCGUUUACUGCACGGCCAUUCGUACAGGUGGACAAGCUGAAUGGGAUUUCGCUUGGGAACGUUAUCAAAAAACAAACGUUGGUUCAGAAAAAGAUUUGCUUUUAUAUGCUCUUGGAUGCACAAGAGAGCCUUGGAUUUUAAGCCGAUAUCUUGAAUGGGCCAUAACAGAAAAUUCAGGAAUCAGAAAACAAGAUGCUUCUCGAGUGUUUGGAGCUGUUGCUAGUAAUCCUGUUGGUCAAUCUCUUGUUUUUAGUUUCUUGAGAAAUAAUUGGCCACGUUUAAAGAAAUAUUGUGGAUCAUCAAUGCUGGCAAUAAACAAUAUUGUAAAGUCUGCUACUAAAAAAAUAAGUACGAAAUAUGAACUGAAAGAUUUAUUGGAAUUCGCACAAGAACAUGAAAAAGAACUCGGUGGUGUAACACGAACUAUCCAACAGUCAAUAGAACAAGCUGAAUCAAACAUUAGAUGGUUGAAUAAAAAUUACAUUACUAUUCGUGAUUGGUUAUUAAGAAAUACUGCGUGAGUGAAUGAAAUAUGCUUCAGUGAAUGCGAUGAGUCUGAAUUAUUCGAUUAAAAGUAAUAAUAUUUAAUGAUUUUUUCAUGGGCUCACAACAACUUGUCAAGCUUGUUACAAAAUAGUUAAAGAUUUUGCAUUGUAUGUAUUUGUAAAUAUCAUAAGAAUACUUUUAAGAACAUUUUAAUAUGUAUAUGAGUCAUUUAAAUAUUGUUGAAUAGGUAAAAAUUGUCAUGAUUGAUCUGGUAUUACACUAUUAGUGAUAUCUUUACGCUAAAUCUCUUUAUAUCUACUUAUGAGAAUUAAUUUUUCAAAUUGCAUGAUGGUUAUUUUUUAAUGUACUCCAUUUAUAUUUGUAAUGAUAUUUUACAUAGUACGGUACGAAUCAUCGUACGUACUUAUUUAUAAUAUAUAAUUCAUUGUUUAUUGCAAGCGAAGCAUUAUAUUAUGAAAUAUUUUCAUUCAUUUUUGAGAUCAUAAAUUUAAUAUAAUUGAAAAUUUCAUCAUACUUGCAAGUAUAUACAAUUUAGGGAAUAAAAUUGCACUGAGUUGUACUUAUUAAAAUAAAUUUUAUUUGUAUGUUUAACAUAACAUUCUUCUUUUGAUAUUAUUAUGUAAAUUUGGGUAUUUGAACUAACGAUUAAAAUUACGAAUAGCAUAUGUUUCAAUAAGGGAAUAAUUUAUUAGACUUAAAAUAAUUACAUAAUUAAUAUUAUGAUAACUUACAAGAAAAUGGAUAAAAUAUACAGCGUUAUUGUGAUGGUUAAAGUGUUAAUUUGUACAUAAAUAGAUAAUGCUGAACCUGGA